AGUUCAAUCAGACUGACACAAGCACUCUAGCAAUUACUCUGCUCUAUUCUUCAUCAGCUUCCUCUAGGGCCUACUUACUCCUGGCCACCCUAUUACUUGACUGGGAACUCACUUGAUUCGUUCAUUUUUUACCCACGAAACCGUUGAUUGAUUACGAGUCGUACUAAGAUGGGGAUCGAUUACUACGGUCUGCUCAAUGUCUCGAAGACCGCGACAGACGACGACCUGAAGAAGGCGUAUCGAAAGCUCGCGAUGAAGUGGCAUCCGGACAAGAACCCCGACAACAAGGACGCAGCGGAAGCCAAGUUCAAGCAAAUCUCAGAGGCAUACGAGGUACUCAGCGAUCCCGAGAAGCGUCAAAUCUAUGACCAGUACGGAGAGGAGGGUCUUAAAGGCGGCGCGCCUCCUCCCGGCGCAGCAGGCGGCGCACCCAACGGGGGGUUCCCCGGCGGAUUUCCCGGCGGGCCCGGCGGCGGCGGCGGCGGCGGAGUGCGCUUCCAGUCGUUCAACCCGCGAAAUGCGGAAGAUAUUUUCGCCGAGUUUUUCGGCGGCGCAAACCCGUUCGGCGGCGGCGGAAGCUCCUUCAGCGGGUUUGGCGGUCCUGGCAUCCGCGUAACGCGUAUGUCACCAGGGGGAUCCCCGCGAAUGGGCGGAAUGGGGGGGAUGGGCGGAAUGGGUGGAAUGGGCGGAAUGGGCGGAAUGGGCGGCGGAAACGUGCAGUUUCAGGAGAUGUUUGGCGGAGACGAGUCCCCGUUUGGCGCGUUCGGCGGUCAGUCGCCCAGAAGCCCCAGGAGUCCUAGGAAGCCGCCUCCUGUUGAGAACAAGCUUAUGUGCACUCUCGAGGAGCUCUAUACCGGAUCCACCAGGAAAAUGAAAAUCUCCAGAAACAUCGCCGACGCCAGCGGGAAAACGCUGCCAGUGGAAGAAAUUUUGACCAUCAACGUGAAGCCCGGGUGGAAGAGGGGCACCAAGAUCACCUUCACAGAGAAGGGCAACGAGCAGCCCGGCAUGCUCGCCGCGGACCUGGUCUUCGUCAUCGACGAGAAACCCCACGAUAGAUUCAAGCGCGACGGCAACGACCUAAUCUACACCCAGAAAUUGACCCUGGCUGAGGCGCUGACGGGUUACACGGUGAUGGUAACCACCCUAGAUGGGAGGAGGCUGGAGGUGCCUGUAACGGAGGUGAUUUCGCCUGGGUAUGAGAAGGUGGUGGCGGGCGAGGGUAUGCCGACAAAAGAGCCCCGGAAAAAGGGGAAUUUGCGGGUGAAGUUUGAGCUGCAGUUUCCGAGGCGGCUGAAUGCAGAGCAGAAGGCUCUGGUCAAGCAAGCCCUUGGCCAGUGAGUAGUGGGACAGUGGGGCAUGAUGCUUCUUCAACUUCAGGCACCAAGUUCUGGCUGGUAUCCUUGGGACGUGGCUUAGAAUUUGCGGGUGAAGCUUGAGCUGCAGGUCCCGAGGCGGCUGAGUGCAGAGCAGAAGUCGCUGGUCAAGCAAGCUCUCGGGCUUAUCAAGAGGCGCUGAUUAUCGGUACUAUUGGGAGCUCCUGGGGUCCAUCCUCUUGGGUAAACAAGAGGGUAGACAAAGAGUAGAAAGGAUGGAGUGGAGUGGAGCUGGUGGAGGUGGUGCCUUGGUGCGUUGUUUGUGCCACUAUGGUACGGUAGCUUGUAGACUACAGUAGCUAGGUCGUAAUUUUCUCAAGGAGCUGAGCUGCUACUCUUCUGCAAGACAAUUUGGUGGUAGCUUUGAAACUUGUUGUACAGGUAACUUUGCUAAUGAAUACAGUCUGCUGCA